AGAAGACUGUCAGAACAGUGCACAGAUCACACACACCAGCCCCUGAAGAUGGGGAACUGCCUCAAAUCCCCCACGUCAGAUGACAUCUCCCUGCUUCACGAGACUCAGUCCCACCAGGCUAGUUUUGGCGAGCCACCACUGCAAUACCAGGAACAGGUUCCAGUUCCAGUCUACCAUCCAAUACCUAGCCAGACUCACCUAGCAACUCAGCUGACUGAAGAGGAACAAAUUAGGACAGUUCAAAGAACAGGACUUACACAGGAUCUGCCUAGAGGAGUUUACGACCCUGGAAGAGAUGGAUCAGAAAAAAAGAUCCAGGAGUGUGUGACCUGUAUGAUGGACUUUGUUUAUGGGGACCCAAUUAGAUUUCUGCCCUGUAUGCACAUCUGUCACCUGGACUAUAAAGAUGACUGGUUGGUGAGUUCCUUCACGUGCCCCUCCCACAUGGAGCCAGUUGAUGCAGCACUGCUUUUGUCCUAUGAGACUAACUGAGCCGGGGUCUCUUACCUGACUUCAAGUGAACCAUGUGAACCAUCAUUUUGGUGGUUCUGAUCUUUUGUCAGUGAGCCCAAAGAGCCAGGGAUUAGGAAUUAAGAUCAUGCACAAAAGUUUCCUAAAAAUUCCUGAAUGGCUGCAGAUGCUGGAAGAAAGUACAUGAUAUUUUAG